ACGUAACGAUGAUGCUAGGUGCAAGCCUCCUGCUGGCCACGCUGGCCAUGUGCAUCGAUCCAAGUUGGGAAGAUUCGAUCGCUGCCCUCAUACUGGCCCGGGGUGGUUCGAAAGGCAUCCCGCUGAAGAAUAUCGUCGAGCUGGCACCGAACGAAACAUUACUCGGCCGAGCACUGGACACCGUCCGCCGAGCGUCCGUUUUCAACGACGUCUGGGUAUCGACCGAUCAUGUGCUGAUCGCACGGGAAGCUGAAGCGCACGGUGCACGAGUGUUUGCCCGAUCGGCCACACACGCCCAGGAUCAUUCAACGUCACUCGAGGCGACACGUGAAUUUCUGGAAGCCCAUCCGGAGAUCGAUCGUUUCGCGCUGAUCCAAUGCACUUCGCCCUUGCUGCGGUCACACUACCUGGAGAACGCAGCCCACCAGCUUUCCCCUGCGGGACCAGCACCUCCUCCGUGUGUGUUUAGUGCGCUGCGAAGCUAUAAAUUGCGGUGGCGAAAAGCGGACCUCAGUGGGCUGCUGGAACCGCUCAACUUCGACCCGAAAGCUAGACCACGGCGACAAGAUUGGGCAGGGGAACUGGUAGAGGCGGGUAUGUUUUACUUCACCAACCGGCGGCUGGUGAUGGAUGAGGGAAGCUUCCAGAACGAACGGUGCGGCGUGGUGGAAGUGGAAGAACUCGACGCCUUGGAGAUCGACGAUGCGAAGGAUCUCGAGUUGGCGCGGCUUUUGAUUGCAUUGGACUAAGGAGCGGCCACCGAACAUGGGUUGGGUGUGUCCACAACUCGAGCUAGUUGGUUCGCACGACUAUUUUAAAUUAAUAGACGAGGAAGGGAAAUGCAAGAGACGAAGCUCCGCACCAAAGCCGGAUAUCGACUGAGUUAUCGCAAAUUGCCCCAUUGUGAUUGCAUGCUAUUCCACGGGGAGGCCUUAUCUCGCAUUUCGCUGACUUUAUCGUUUGUUUGUAGGACUUGCACUUUGCGCUUCGGCAAACAUCUUCACCCUGCGGAGGAACUUUUCAGUGUGUCAAUAUUAACCGGCAGCAGCUCACUGAUGUCACAGAUGGUUUUCCUAAAUUUACAUAAA